AUGCGGUAUUCCAUCUUCUCCGCCGGCGCUGCCCUCCUCACCACGGCAUUGGCAGUAACAGUUUCCUACGACGCGGGCUACGACGACCGCGGCCGUUCCCUCAACGCUGUCGCUUGUAGCAACGGCAAAAACGGACUCAUUACCAAAGGCUUCACCACGCAAGGCUCUCUGCCCUCAUUCCCUCGUAUCGGAGGUGCCUUUCCGAUUGCUGGCUGGAAUGAUCCGAAUUGCGGCACGUGUUACAGUCUGACUUAUGAGGGUCAGACCGUUAACAUCCUUGCGAUUGAUCAUGCGGAUGGGGGCUUCAACAUUGCUGAGUCGGUGAUGAAUACGUUGACGCGUGGACAGGCGGUCUUCCUUGGGAGCAUUCAGGUCGAUUAUAAGCGUGUGGAUAAUUCGUUGUGUGGGUUGUGA